AAAUUUUGCAGAGUACGUGACAUUAAUAAUACUGUAAGUUGUUUAAUUUGUGUCAUGAUUGGUUAGUGUGUUUCAAUGUUAGCAAAUGCAAGCUCAUGCAUUUUGGUUAUAACAAUUUUUUAGAGUAUUCUUACGAACUGGAUGGCACUGUCUUGGAAGAGGUUGCGAAUCAGAAUGAUUUGGGGGUGAUCAUAGAUAAUCAGUGUGUUGCUGCGGCACCCGUUGCUGCUGUUAAGACUGCUAAUACAGUUCUUAGUACUAUUUAAAAGUCUAUAAAAUAUAAGUCUGUUUCUAUGAUUAGAUCACUCUAUAUUAGUUUAGUACGACCCCACCUCGAAUUUGCAAUUCAGUCCUGGUCUCCAUAUUUAAAAAAAAAAGAUUUAUUUUAAUAGAUAAGACGUGCAACCAGAUUACUACCUAGUUUGCAUGGCAAGUCUUAUGAGUUUGGAUUUGAGCAAGAAGUAUGCCAGCUGAACCAGGGAAUUUCCGUGUGAAGUUAACAGGCAUGUCGCACGAUCUCCUCAUGGAACCAGACAAGGCACAUGAAAUAUGUCUCAUAGACAGUGACAUAUCAAGCCUACAAGAUCUUCCAUUAGUGGGGCAUAUACAAACUCUGAACCUCCACUGUAACAAAAUUUCCAUUAUUGAAAAUCUUCAGCACCUGAAGUUUCUAAAGCACUUGGAUCUGUCAUCCAAUCAGAUUGUAGUGAUGCAGGGUCUGGGAGCACUAGUGUCACUCAGGACUUUGAAUCUUGCUUGUAAUGUCAUCCAACAAAUCAAAGGUCUUAGGAAUUUAAGAAGCCUGACGAAACUGAACUUAUCAUACAACCAAGUGAAUGACAUCUCGGGCCUUAUGGAUCUCCAAGGCCCAAGCUACUGUUUGAAGACUCUUGAAUUACAGGGAAAUCAAUUAGAUAAUUUUAGCCAUGUUGUAACCUGUCUUAAUGGUAUACAGAAGCUGACUCAUCUAAGCUUGUCAGAGCCUAAUGGAGGUAACCCUGUUUGCAACCAGCCAGGCUACCAAACUGGACUGCUGAACACUCUUCCCCAGCUGCAAGUCUUAGAUGGAUAUGACAGGACUGGUAAAGCAGUACCAAAGCAUGAUGGCUUAGCAGACAUACCAGGACUUGAAGAUUAUUUAGAAUACCUUGUUUCUAACCAGUCUAACAGUAGCAGUCAAGAAACCCCAUUCCAGUUAAUCACACCAAAGAUUGAUGAAGCGCUGGAGCGCUUCCGCUCUCGGGCUCUGUCCACAGCAGAUGGAUCAAGUGCAGAGCCAGCAGACACUUCAGAGAUUGAGGCUGGGGUCUUAAGACCAACCACAAGGAAGAAAGAUACUGAAAUACAUGUGUCCAUGAUAAAGUCGAAUGCACAAUCUACUCAUGAAAAACGUAUAGAGAAUCUAGAGCAGCAGUUAGCAUUUAUGGUGGAAGAACGGACGAGGAGUCAGGCUAAGUCCUCAACAAGCUAUACAGGUACAUCUACACCGAGUGAGGUUAAGAAGCAACGAAAACCAAGCUGUCCAAGAGGCCUAGGAAAGCAAGCUGGUAAGUGCACCUCAAAGAGUGAAGCUAGUGAAAGUGAAUCAGGCCAUAAAACACAAGCCAAGAAGAAGCCAGCUAGAACUGCUACUACAGGCAAACAACCCAGGGAAGCUUUAUCAGGCAAACAACCCACACAGCGACAAAGAAAGGCUGGAAAACAAACUGAACCUAGUGUUGCAAGUUCACGACCUGUUAAAAAACCAAAGUCACAACCUUCUAGCAGCUCACCAGGAAGUGACUCUCGCCCUCAGAAUUUUCCAAGCAGAGUUGUGCCAACAACUGCAAAACAAGAUUUAGACAAACUGGCGUUGAUGCAGGAGCUGGAUGUAGAAAGGGAGAGAAGAUGGAAAGCAGAGCAGGCUGCAAGGAGGCUAGCUGAGCGUAUUCAAGAGCUUCAGACCAAGUUGAAAGAUGAACAUGAGGUGCAAGAUGUUGCCAUCGAAGCAACCACAAGGCUGAAGCAUGCCUUAAUGAAUGAAAAGGAAGUUAAGAACAAACAGGAGGUAGCUCUUGCAGAACUCAGGGAUAAAGUUGAAGAAUUAAUGAGGAAGUUAGAAUCAAGUGAAAAGGAAGAAGCAGAAGGAAGGAGUGCUCUGAAAGCAAUGGAGGCUACAGCAACAAAAGCAGAAAGAGAACGACUCCAACAACAAGCUCAUGAGGCGAAGCGAACGCAAGAGUACCAGAUGAGGGCGGCAGCUACGGCACGGGAGCUGGAUCUUGUCCGGAACCAGGCCAAGCAACAUGAAGGCAAGGUCCGACAGCUGCAAGAAUUGCUUGCUAUCAGGGAACAAGAACACAGAGAGAGUCUUCAGAACCGCCACAGUAUGGAGAGUUCAGAGGUCAAGGACACUGUGUCAAAAGCUGUGGCAUCUGAGAAAGAAAGACAUCAACAUGAACAGGAACUUUACAAACAAAAGAUUGAGUGCCUAUCAAAACAGUAUUCAGAUCUAGAGAAUGAGUUCAGAAUGGCUCUCCAGAUUGAAGCAGAACGAUUUAAUGAGCUACAAGUUGCAUUUGAGAAACUGUCUCAGGAAUCAAGUCAGAUGCGCCAGGGCCUGUUCACUGCAACUGAAAAGGAGAGGAAAGCCUCAGGUCUGGUCACUGAACUUACAGCGAUGGUAAAGGAACAAAAGGGUAGAAUUACUGAGCUGUCUAAAUCAAAACAUGAAGUUUUGUCCGAUUACAAGGCCAGAAUCCAGAGCCUGGAAGUUCAAGUAGAGGAAGGAAGGCGACGUCAGGUACAGUUUGAAUUGUUGAAGCAAGACCGAGGCAAGUUACAGACACAACUGACUGCUCAAGAGUCUGUCAUUGAAGGCCUGAAGGCAGAAAGGAAAUUGUGGGGACAUGAACUAGCUCAACAAGGUGCUUCCUUAGCUCAAGAUAGAGGACGACUUGAGGCGCAGAUCAACUCCUGUGAAGCUGAGGUAGCCUCAUUAAAAAAACAAUCGGAGAGAGACAACGACGCACUGAAGAUCAAGACAAAGAUAUUGGAUGAUCAGACAGAAACAAUCAGGAAACUUAAAGAUGGUCUUGUAGAGAGAGACGAAGAGAUCAGAGCUGCUAGGAACGAGGCACUGAAGAUGCAGCAGACACUAGAGAAACGCUUGGAAGAAGAGUCUGCCAAUACUCAAGAUCUCCAGGAUAUGGUGGAGAGGUUGACAGAGCGGAAAGAAAUGCUGAAGAACAAAGUUGCAGAGCUGCAGACUGAUCUGGACGAGAGUAAAAGAGCAUAUGAUAAUCUUGACAGAAGAUGGAAAGAUAAAGGUGAAAUCAUUUCCCAGUUGGAAACACAAGUACGACAAGUGAAACAGAAUUUUGAUGACAAGGAGUCUAAAUUACUAGCUGCUAGGGACAAGGCAAUCGCAUCAGAAAGAGUUGCACUUGAGAAGAUUAAUGCAAUGGACGAUGCAUUUUCCAACCAGUUAGCGAUGGUUCAGAGAAAACAUGAAGAACAAUUGGAGCAGUUGAAGGCUGAGAAACAACAGCAAAUUAAUGAGGCUAAAGCUAAGGUUUUGUCUGUGGAAGAAGAGAUGAGACAACUGUUGCUUGAGACAGCCAAUCAGAAGAAAGUCAUGGAAGGCAAGCUGCAUCGACUGACCCAAGCCUUCUCUGACAUUCAACAGGAUAUGACGUCAUGACAACAAACACUUUUAACUUUGUGUAAAACUCAUGUCGCUGAGUGACACGCAAUAAUGAGUUUAUCUGUCUUGAUAAAUUUGAAUUUAAUUUAUUGAAAUUUAUUUUUUGAUAUAGCUUAAUUUAUCUGUCUUAGAGGCAGUUCUACUUGUAAUUACUCGCCAAAUUUGAAUUUAUUUAAUUAAAAUUAAUUUUUUGAUACAGCUUAAUGGUUGUUGUGCUUUCCUCUUAUAUACGCUGGUAGUCAUAUUGUUAAUUUUGUAAUUCGCAUGAUAUUAUAAUGGUAGUUAUUAGAACCGGUGUUAUGGCUAUACCAAUUCCAUCAACAGAUCCAGAGAAAAAUAAACUACUAAUCCAUGUGGAAUUUGCAAUUCCCAAUUUAAAAAAAAAUAAUACAUACACUCUUGUUAUCCUGCCUUUCUCAGGGGACUUAUGUUAAGGCCUCUGAAGGUCGUCUGUAUUAUAGCGGGUGUCAACAUAGGAUUAGUCAGGUGUGUUCAUCUUAAUGCCUUUAAUACCAUCAACCAAUUUUACUGACCUCCUCUUGCCCUCUUUGAUCAAUGAACAUAAGAUAUAAACUUGAACUUUAAAACUUCAUACAGAGACCGUACAUUUUAUGCAGCCACACACCCAAGUUAUCAAACAUUUUGCAUGGUUGUUCUUCCAUUGCAAUUAAGAAAUCUAUAAACUUAUAUUUGUUCUUUGUUACUGUCCUUCCGAAUAGACUUGCCUAGAUCGAUGGUGCGU